CUAGUACUGGUGGCUGAAAGAGGAAUUAAACUCACUUGGUCCAAGAGAUGAUUGCUCCUUUCUUUCCUUUCAGAGCUCUCCCUGCAACUAUGUGGCUCUACCUGGCUGUUCUGGUGGGGCUUUACCUCAUUAUCCGAUGGUACCGGGAGAGACAGACUGUGGGGAACCUCAGAGAUAAAUAUGUCUUCAUCACCGGCUGUGACACUGGCUUUGGGAACAAGUUAGCUAGGCAACUGGAUAUUCAGGGCUUGCGGGUCUUGGCAGCUUGCCUCACCAAGGAAGGGGCAGAAGAACUAGAGAGACUAACAUCCAACCGGCUGAAAGUCACCAUCUUGGACGUCACCAGCACAGAAAGUGUGAAGGCAGCAACCGAGUGGGUGAAAGAAAUCGUGGGGAGCAAAGGGCUCUGGGGCCUGGUAAACAAUGCUGGCAUUGGUGGUUCAUCAGGUCCCAACGAAUGGCUGACUAAGGACGACUUUGCCAAGGUGAUCAAUGUCAACCUGCUUGGGCUGAUUGAUGUGACGUUGCACCUGCUGCCCCUGGUGAGAGCCGCCAGAGGAAGGAUCGUCAAUGUGGCCAGUUCAUUUGGAAGAGUGACAUGCAUUGGAGGAGGUUAUAGUCCAUCCAAGUAUGGUGUGGAAGCCUUCUCAGACAGCCUAAGGCGCGAGCUCCUUUCUUUUGGAGUCCGAGUCAGCAUUAUUGAGCCUGGUGGUUUUGCUACUUCCAUUGGCCUCACAAUAAGAGAAAGCAUAAAGGGUAUGUGGGACCAAGUAUCUUCUGACAUCAAAGAGACCUACGGGCAACAAUACUUUGAAUCAUAUUAUAAAACUUUACAAGAUCUUGUUAAAGAUGCCAACCCCAACCUCUGCAUGGUCACUGACUGCAUGGAACAUGCCCUGACAUCCCAGUAUCCAUACACACGCUACUCUGCAGGCUGGGAUGCAAAGCUCUUCUACAUUCCUCUGUCUUACAUGCCAACCUUUCUGGCAGACUGUGUGUUGGCACGCUUUGGCCCGAAGCCAGCACAGGCAGUGUAGUGCCCGUGGUAGAAAGAGCUUUGUGGCCUUUUGAGGCAACCAUUAAGUAGUGUGAAUGGGACCUAACUUCAGUUGCAUCCUUUAGUGACCUACCAAAAUGUGUCACUAGAUAUCUAUUAGGAAAACUGAUACAUUUUUCAUUAAUUCAGUACUAUAGGUUCCACAUCCACAUGUUUUAACAUGUGUAUUCUAUGGAGUGUUAC